CCCAGAUGUGGUUUCGGUGCAGAUUUCAAAUCCGUAGAGCGGACAAACAACGAACCGUAGAGACUUCAUAAAUUCAUAGUUAGGACCGCUUCUGCGUUAGGAAGACUGUUUUUUUAUUUCUGUUUUGAGUCUGCGGUGGAAACAUGAGAGUGAGUGAAAUCCACGCAGCAGAGUCUGUUGCUUAUCUCAACAGAGCUCUGGUUAGGCUGCAGGAUAUUUGGGAUGAAAUCGGUAUUCCAGAGGAACAGCGCGUACAGAGAACCAACGAUGUCCACAAGCACAUUAAAGGGCUGUUGGACCUGAUGAUUACCGAGGAAGAGCAGCUAAAGAAGAGAUUAAUGAAAAACAUUCAGGCAUUUCUUGAAGAGCUAAAAACGUUGUGCCGUGAACUUCAGCUGCCUUCCUUUGAGGAGGAAGAGGACUGCUCCAUGUUGCAGAUUGAGAAGAAUAGCCGUACACGUUUGGAGUUGAUGAAGGAGCAGAAGAAGCAAAGAAUGGAAGAGCUAAAAGGCCUCCUAGGCGAAGACCGUGAGCUGUGUGACAUUAUGUGCACUACCCCAUUUGGCAUUGACCAGGCUGCCAUCCCAUCACUGAAGCAACUUGAGGCAUAUCGCGCCUACCUGGAUGAUCUGACCAAAGAGAAGGAAUGUCGUCAUGAUGAAUUUGUGAGCCUCAAAAGGGAGGUCUCCGUAUGCAUGGAUGAUCUGGAGCGGAAUCCAGAGACCAGUUUUGAGAUGGAUGUGAUGUCUGAGGAUGAGGAGGCAUUUUGUCUCUCAAAUGACAACAUUGCUGCUCUUAAAGUUCUCCUCAGUCAGUUACAAGAAAGCAAGGCUGAGAACGAGCUGCGCUGCUCAUCUUUGCGCAUCACCAUCAAGGAGCUGUGGGAAAGACUUCAGAUUCCCCAAGAGGAGAGGGAGCCCAUCUCUGAGCAUAUGGUCCUGUCAAAGAAGAGCAACGUUGAGGCACUCCAAGCUGAGGUCCAGCGUCUAGAGGUGCUGAAAAUGCAGAGCAUGAAAUCUUUUAUUGUGGCCAUCAGAGGGGAGAUCGCCCUUCUCUGGGAGAAAUGCUUCUACAGCCAAGAACAGCAGCAAGCCUUUUUUUCAUAUCAUGAUGAUGACUUCACAGAAGACAUUCUCCACCUGCACGAGGCAGAGGUCAGCAUGCUGAAGAAGUAUUACGAGGACCACCAAGAACUCUUUGAGGGAGUCAUGAAAUGGCAGGAGAACUGGACCCUGUACUUGGAACUUGACAAAAAGGCCAACGACCCUGCAAGAUUCAACAACAGAGGUGGGAACCUUCUGAAAGAAGAGAAGCAGAGGGCUGACCUGCAGAAGAGCUUGCCUAAGCUGGAAAGGAGUCUUAAAGCCCAGAUUGAUGCUUGGGAGCAGGAGCACGAAAAGGAGUUCCUGGUCAAUGGACAGAAAUUCCUUGAGUACGUGCAGCAGCAGUGGGAUCACCACCAUGCUGAAAAGGAGAGGGAGAAAGUGGAGAGGCAAAUGAAGAAAAUCAAACAGAUACAGGAAGACAUGUUAUAUGGAACUACAAUGAAAACACCAUCCAAAAGGCCGAUGGGAGGGACUCUCACGCCUGGAAAAGUGAGAAAGCUCAAUGGCACCACCACCAUGUCCACUCCUGGCAGCUUCCUCAGUGGAACCAUGUCCCAAUCGUCCGUCUCCAAACCCCCUCUGUCAGCCAGCAAGUUAUCCGUCGUGCGAACCCCUAGACCGGCAAAGACUCCCCGGAGUGCACUAGACCGAAACAAGGAGAACAUCUCUCAUCUUCGAAACACUCCAGGAAGCACACCAAUGUCUCAGGAUACUCAAGAAAACACCAUCAUUGCUGGCUCCUAUUCCGACUUUACGAGAGACCUCUCGAAGGCUUCUAAGUCAAACGUAAAGUUGAACUCGACAGUCAGCCAUCAAUGAGGAAUGUCUCCGGCGCUGCACAUCACCUCUUUACGGCAGUUGGGUGUCAUUUUUAUAAAGGACAGGAGGGAACCAUAAUGAAACUUCUUACCAAACAUGUAAAUAUUUCACUCUGUCAUUUCCCUCUGCUUUAUGCAUUGUUGUGUCCAGCUCAUGGCGUUUGUACUGGCUUUUUACCUGACUUUUUUUUCUUUCAGGAGUUACCGCCUUUUUUAUAAGAAACGCUGUUAACCAUAUCUAGGGCAUUACUUUGUGUUAGUACUGUAGCAGCUAGCUAUUGCACCCUGACUUUAUUUCUCCAGCUGGGAUGACAGCUAAAUCUUCAGUGGUCUUCUUUUCUUUGUUUUUAAUCAACCUGUAAAUAAACCUUUCGGAUACCAC